AUGAACGGAUUUACUAUUGAUGCUAUUUUAGGGAAUCAAAUUGUACAACAAAAUAAUCUAACUAUAAACAAUACAAAGAUGAUCGGUGAUAAUCAUUCUGAACAAAUUAAUACCUUGUAUAAAACUUCGAUGAUCAAUAAUAAUAUUAAAGUUAAUAGUAUAUCAACUGACAGAAUAACAUUUGAAUCAAUUCGAACAAUUUUACCCGAAUAUACAUUUAAUGAACGUCUAAAUUAUAGUGAGCUACCAGAACAAGACAAACAUAACAAUACUGAUCAAUUUGUAAAUUCUAAUAAUUCUAUGAUCCAAAAUGAUGAUAAUAUUGUAUAUAGUCCAAAAAAUUAUAAAAAUCGUAGUCCACGUAUACCAUUUUCACGUGAUCAAAUAUUUCGAUUAGAACGAAAGUUCCAAAAUUCAAAAUAUUUAAGUGGAUGGGAAGUGAAACAAUUGGCGAAAAAUUUAAGUCUUACAGAAACACGCGUUAAAAUAUGGUUUCAAAAUCGUCGAGCCAGAGAACGUCGCGAUUCUAUUGAAUUUAAUUCACACAAUGCUAUAAAAACUUUGAAAACAGAUAAUGAUUAUUUUAAACAAUCUUAUCAUGAACCUGAUGAAUAUAUAAUACAAAACAGUUAUAAUUUAAGUUCGAUAGCAACUGAUAACCAAAGUGAUCAUCAGUAUAAACAUAACAAUUCACUUUCAAAUUCUUGUAUAUCAUCUUUACCAUUUACUGCAUUCCAUUCAAAUUUAGAAAAAUCAGAUUUCAUUUUCAAUUUUAUUCCGGAUAUUAAACAGCCAUUAAAUCGGACUAAUAAUGAGUUAUUAAUCCCAGUAUUGAUCAAGAAUGAUCUUGCGAAUAUAGAUAAAUAA